GUUUUCUUAUUUUCAGGAAAACAAAGCAACACUGUACCAGUAGAAAGUUAAGACAUUAUUUGUUAGAAAAUAAUUAAGAUCAUAUGAAUGUUCUUGUUCAACUUUUCCCUCUAUGCAGUCUAUUCAUUUCUUAGUUCCUAGUUUCAAAAUUAUGAUUUGUAACUCCAAUUCGCCUCCAUCUCUCUCUUAAUUGUCUUAAAUGUGUAUUCUAAGCUGUGUACAUCCUCUGAUUCCUUAUAGCUUUUAUUCAAAUUCUUCAAGACUUGGCCAAGUUUUUUUGCUAUAGAGAAAUGUUCCAAUUUUGAACUGGGUUUUGCUGGGAAAACCCGUGUCUGUUGCUCCAAGUCCUAGCUAUAAAAGUCUAAGCAUGGAUAUGGUAGUCGGGUCUAUAGGUUCUAUAUCAGAAGGAAAAGAAACUUGAGAGCAGAAUUGGUUGCCCUGCCUUUUCUCUUUCCUGUUUCAUAGAAUUGCUACCCUGUUGUUUCCAUAUUCCUUUGUUUUUUUUAGUUGGUCAUGGAACAUAAUUCUGAAAGUUGUAAAGCUUUUAAGGAUUGUGAAUUCUCAGAACUUAGUUGCUCUAUACGAUCACAACUGUUCCAUAUAAUGGGAUUAGAAGUAUUCAAGCAAUAAGGGGUGGAUGUGAUAGCUUAAAAAUGGUUGGUGGUAGAAGAAAGAAGCUUCAUAUCCACAGAAUCCAUGCCUUCACUUAUGGGGACAAUUAUGAUAGAAGUACAAGAUAUAAGCUUGCAACGUUGUUUCCUAAAUCAUUGUCCGACCAAGUCAGGCGUGUUUCUCAUUCAAAACUGUAUUAAUACUAAUAUAUAUUGCAAAUUCACCAAUAUGUAAUGUCACACGCUUUUCCUCUCAUAUUUAUUUGUUCUCAUGUAUAAACCUUUCCCGGAUCAUUUUUUAGUUUCACUCGGUUUCUGCUGUGUAGGUUCUUUGAAUGACAAAUUGAAGCUGACCCAGCACGUGAAAGCCAAUUACAAUGCGUUUUUUCUUAGUUGUUUCCACUUUCCGUGAGUUUUGGGUUCUCUUAUUCCUCGUAGCUUAUAUUGACCAGACUUUUCUUGGAGCCGUUACCAAAAUGGGAAUAGUUUAUAGAGUUCAAAUUUCACUUUUCUUUAAUUUUCAAAGAUAGUUAUUUUAGUUUUUAGCUGGGGAAACCUGUAUGUUUCCUUGUAGCUAUAAACAUCAUAAGCUUGGAUGGUAGUCAGGUCUAUAAUAAAAACUUAGAUACACUUCAGCUCAAGAAAAAAACCCCUUCAUAUAACAUUCUUUUUGGAUUGGUUCAUUACCUUAUUUCUACAUUAAUUUUUUAAAUUUUGUCAUUGUUUUGAGCCUAAAUUUUGAGGGGGCAGGACUUGUUAUUAGUAAUUGGGAAUUGAGUUUAGAAAGUUUGUUGGUGGAUAAGCUUCCUUAGAAAGGUGAAUUCCCAGAAAUUAUUUGCUCUAUAGGUUCACAAUUGUUCUUUGGUGUGGGAAUAGAAGUAUUUAAACAAUUAGGGGUGGAGCUGAUAGCUUAGAAAAUGGCUGGUGGUAUAAGAAAGAAGCUGCAUUUACGCAGAUUCCGUCCCUUCAGACCUGGAAAAGAAUCAAUUCAACCUGAACACUCACUGAUUGGAGGACCUGGCUUCUCAAGGGUAGUAUAUUGCAACAAUACAGAAAGUCAAAAGGUCCUAACCUAUGGCAACAAUUAUGUUAGAAGUACAAAAUAUACACUUGCAUCGUUCUUCCCCAAAUCAUUGUAUGAGCAGUUCAGGCGGGCUGCCAACAUAUAUUUCCUUAUUAUCGCAAUUUUGACUUUCACGCCAUUGUCUCCUUCUUCACCAGUAAGUACCGUUCUUCCUCUUGCUCUGGUGAUCGUAGCUGCAAUGGUCAAGGAGGCUAUAGAAGAUUGGAGGCGGAAAAUGCAGGAUACUGAGGUGAACAAUAGAAAGGUAAAAGUGCACCGUGGUGAAGGUGUAUUCGAUAAUGCUAAAUGGAUGAAUUUGGAAGUUGGAGAUAUAGUGAGGGUGGAAAAGGAUGAAUUUUUUCCUGCUGAUCUCAUCCUGCUUUCUUCAAGUUAUGAGGAAGCAAUUUGCUACGUUGAGACCAUGAACCUAGAUGGAGAAACCAAUUUAAAACCAAAACAAGCAGUGGAUGCAACUUCAAAGCUGCACGAAGACUCAGGCUUUCAAAAUUUCAACGCUAUAAUAAAAAGUGAGGACCCAAAUGCAAAUUUGUACUCUUAUAUAGGCAGUUUGCAGCUUGAAGAAAAACAGUACCCACUUACACCUCAGCAGCUUCUGCUUAGGGAAUCAAAACUAAGAAACACGGAUUUUAUUUAUGGGGUGGUAAUAUUUACAGGUCAUGACACAAAGGUUAUGCAAAAUUCAACAGCUCCUCCUUCCAAGAGAAGCAAAAUUGAGAGAAGAAUGGAUAAGAUUGUUUACUUUUUGUUUUUUAUCCUUGUGUUGAUAUCUUUUAUUGGAUCAAUUUUCUUUGGAAUUUCAACUAGGGAGGACUUGGAAAAUGGAACAAUGAAAAGAUGGUACCUUAGACCAGAUGACACUACAAUAUACUAUGAUCCAAGCAGAGCACCAGUUGCAGCAAUUUUGAACUUUCUGACUUUCCUUAUGUUGUAUAGUUAUUUUAUUCCCAUUUCCUUGUAUAUUACACUAGAAAUAGUUAAGGUUAUUCAAUGUUCUUUCAUAAAUCAAGAUCUGCACAUGUAUUAUGAAGAAACUGACAUGCCAGCAAGAACCCGUACCUCAAAUUUGAAUGAAGAACUGGGCCAAGUUGACACUAUACUUUCUGAUAAGACAGGAACUUUGACUUGCAACUCAAUGGAAUUUAUUAAGUGUUCAAUAGCAGGGACUGCCUAUGGGCGUGGAGUGACAGAAGUUGAGAGAGCUCUGUCUAGGAGAGAAGAGUUGCCUUCAGCUAUAGAGGUGACACAUGGAGAGGGCCAGAUUGAGUAUUCCACCAAAGCAGCCAUUAAAGGGUUUAACUUUUUCGAUGAAAGGAUCACACAUGGUAAUUGGGUUAAUGACCCUCAUGCAGAUGCAAUCCAGAAAUUUCUACUGUUACUGGCCAUUUGCCAUACUGCAGUACCUGAAGUUGAUGAAGAAACAGGAAGAAUUUCUUAUGAAGCUGAAUCACCAGAUGAGGCUGCUUUUGUGAUUGCAGCCAGAGAACUGGGGUUCGAAUUUUACGAGAGGACUCAAUCAAGCAUCUUAUUGGAUGAAUUAGAUCCCCUCUCUGGCUGGAAAGUUCAAAGAUCUUAUAAACUUUUGAAUAUCUUGGAGUUUAGUAGCUCAAGAAAGCGGAUGUCUGUGAUUGUAAGAAACAUGGAGGGAAAGCUGCUACUUCUUUGUAAAGGUGCUGACAGUGUCAUGUUUGAAAGACUUACAAAGAAUGGAAGAGAGUUUGAGGAGCAGACUCAGGAGCAUAUUAAUGACUAUGCCAAUGCUGGUUUGAGGACCUUGGUGCUUGCAUAUCGUGAACUUGAUGAGGAAGAAUAUAAUAAUUUUAAUGAAGAAUUUACUGAGGCCAAGAACUCUGUGAGUGCAGAUCAUGAGGAAAUGAUGGAGGAAGUGGCAGAAAAGAUUGAGAAGGAUUUGAUUCUUCUUGGUGCUACCGCAGUUGAAGACAAACUUCAGAAUGGGGUUCCUGAAUGUAUUGACAAGCUUGCACAGGCAGGAAUCAAAAUUUGGGUUUUGACUGGAGAUAAAAUGGAGACAGCAAUCAAUAUUGGCUUUGCCUGUUGUUUGCUUAGACAAGGAAUGAAGCAAAUAGUAAUCAGCUCAGAGACACCAAAAAUCAAAGCACUGGAGAAAGUAGGGGACAAUUCUGCUGUAGCAGUGGCAUUUAAGGCAAAUGUCCUCCAACAGAUUCUGGAGGCAAAAGAAUCGCUUACCACAUUAAGAAAAAGCUCAGAGGCAUUGGCUUUGAUCAUUGAUGGGAAGUCACUCAGUUGUGCUUUGGAGGAUGAUGUCAAGGGCUUGUUUUUAGAGCUUGCCCUUGGCUGUGCAUCUGUUAUUUGCUGUCGUUGUUCUCCCAAACAAAAAGCCCUUGUUACAAGACUGGUCAAAAUUAGAACAGGUAGAACAACUCUAGCAAUUGGUGAUGGAGCAAAUGAUGUUGGAAUGCUACAAGAAGCAGAUAUAGGAAUUGGCAUUAGUGGUGUUGAGGGAACGCAGGCAGUUAUGUCCAGUGACAUUGCAAUUGGUCAGUUCCGAUAUUUGGAGCGCUUGCUUCUUGUGCAUGGACAUUGGUGUUACAGAAGGAUCUCAACAAUGAUAUGCUACUUCUUUUACAAGAACAUUGCACUUGGCUUCACUGUCUUCUUCUUUGAGGCGUAUGCAUCUUUCUCAGGCCAAAAUGCCUACAACGAUUGGUAUAUGACAUUCUAUAAUGUCGUCUUCACGUCACUUCCUGUGGCAGCCUUAGGAAUUCUUGAGCAGGAUGUCUCUGCAGAGCUUUGUCUAAAGUUCCCUCUGUUGUACCAAGAAGGUGUACAAAACGUCCUAUUCAGCUGGUUUCAAUUCCUUGGCUGGGCGUUCAAUGGGGUAUUGAAUGCAAUUUUGAUCUUCUUCUUUUGCUCCCGUGCAAUGGAGCAUCCUGCCUUCCGUAAAGGUGGUGAAGUUGCAGGAUUGGAAAUCCUUGGAACCGUCAUGUUCACCUGCACUGUAUGGGUGGUCAAUUGUCAAAUUGCACUAUCCACCAACUAUUUCACUUUAAAAAAUCAUCGCUACAUCUGGGGUAGUAUUAUAGCGUGGUACAUAUUUCUCUUGGCAUUUGGAGCAAUGAAUCCCAACAUAUCAACCACAGCCUAUAAGGUCUUCAUUGAAGCCUGUGCACCAGCCCCUUCUUAUUGGCUUCUCACACUGUUUGUGGUAAUCACUUCUCUAAUCCCAUAUUUCACUUACAAAUCCAUCCAACAGUGGUUUUUCCCCAUGUAUCAUCAAAUGAUACAGUGGAUAAGUAAAGAUGGGCAAUCAGAUGACCCUGAAUACUGUCAAAUGGUAAGACAGAGAUCGUUAAGGCCUACAACAGUGGGAUAUACAGCCCAUUUGGAGGCAACAUCCAAACGCUUUCAAGAGAUGCAUGAACUCCAUUUAUAGUAGUAGUUUAUGAAGGUUCUUAGCAGACAUAGUGUAGUUUUGUGACAAGUUUGCAUUAAACAGUACAGAAAAACUAUUUGAUUCAAAUUGAAUUUUCUUUUCCAUGUGUAAGAAUAAUGGUCUAAAUUGGAUUUUCUUUUCCAUGUGUAAAAAUAAUGGUCUCUUUGCAGCUUAAUGUACUUUCACUAUCAGACAAU